GAAUCUUGGAGAUUUUUGAAUCAAUCAAGUCUGACCAGAUCUCUGUGGAGAUACGUUUGCUCUUCCAUAUCUCUUUACCUUCCUCGCCAUAAAUGCUGGCGCAGCGUUUGAGGAACGUGACAGCCAGAGGCGGCGCACAUUAUGCAAAAGACGCGAGUUUCUCUGCAGCACAACAUUUGGGUUUUGAAGAACAGAGCAUAAGGUCAUCACUUCGUACAACGUCUGCUAUCAUUCAAAAGGUAAAAAUGGAUUUCUUUAGAGAAUUGAGAGAGCUACGGGGUAACCAUGGUAGGGAGGAAGAAGAGGGGGUGAUUGCCGCGGAGCCUAUCGCGAUGAUAGUACCACCGAAGCUGCAGGAUUUUCCGGAGACGAUAACGUCAGAGAGCAACGCCAGUUCAAGCGCCGGAGAUAAUGGCGACGGCCACCACGCCUCACCGUCCAUUAGCUCGUCUUCUGGGAGUCCGUCAAAUCCUAAGGAAGAGCCGGAGAGCGUAGGUGGUAACGAACUGGAUCUGCCCGCGGCUGGGGAAUGGGAGGAUAGGGUACUCCAGGGCAGAUUGAGUAACAUACGCAAAGCUCCAAAGGAUCUGACAGCCGGGUUUAGAUUCAGGGCGGCGCUUCAUCACAAAGUAGCGGACAGCGCGCCCUCAAUAAGUGGGUACAAGAGGCUGGAGGAGAUGAUAAGGGAGUACCACAUCCCCCGAACUAUAUUGGUGCGAACUGGCGGGCAGAACAAGAGGGCUUGCUUGGUAUCGCAGACGGGCUGGAUACCGUGUAUGCAGAUCAUUUUGACGCCGGUUUGCGAUUUCCCCUGCCUGGGCUGGCUGUGUCCAAACUCAAGAGGAGCGAAGUGGUACUACCUCUCUGGGAAGGAUAAGAGCCAGCUCUUCAAAAACGUGAGGAAUAAAGUGGCGCGGUGGAAAAGGCAGUUCAUUUUCAUUCACAACACGCGAACAAAGAGGGUAAGCAAUGACCUCGCUGCCCGGCUGUCGGAAUGGCGCACACCAAAUGCGCAUGUGAAUUAUCCCCAACUGCUGCCACGGGACACGGAUCUCAAGAACCGACUGUUAGAGCAUGCGAGACAUGAAAACUUAGUAGAUCUCGAGGCCUUGGUUACCCCGGAGCUGCUCGCUGUGUUCGGGUUUGUCGACGUGGCAAAUCUGUUCACAGAAGGUAUAUUUUUCUCAUAUGGUAGGAAUUGUAGCCGGGCUGAGUCUUAUGCGUUUUUCUGUGCAGGAGAGAUGAGCAACAUCUUGGAACGCCAACAACAACGAGCCCAAGGCUCACGAGGUCGCGCAUCGGGCAGCGCGCAACCCAGGCAGACACAUUUUAACGAGUGGCCACCCCCGACGCCUCAAUCACGCGGCUCGUCACACCAGGGAUCCAGCUCGUCGUCAAGGCCACGAGCAGAUCACAGAGCUGAGGCUGCGGUCCUGGGUGCACGCAGACGUGCACGCGAGGAGACAGAGAGCGAGGAGGAUGAGGUCCCCCUUGCUCGGCGCAGAACAAGCGGGGGGACUCAGCCCGCACAUGCGGCCCGUCCUGUAACUGUGCGUUCACCGAACGCACCGUCAAUGACUGUGCGGGCAGCAGUGGAGCCCGCCUCUGCAUCGGCCUCAAUGUUCAGCCCCAGGAUUGCUUAUCCUGAGGGCUUCAGCUAUGUGCGGGCAGAGUGUCAGCCUGCUAUGGUGCAAGGCAUGCACAACUUUGUGCCCCCCGCAGAUAGUAAGCGGGCCAAAACCUUUGUGCAACAGCAUGGCGGCCAGGUCUCCAUGAUAAAACUGAUGGACGCGUUCAGCUACGCAGUAGCGCUGUACGAGAGCGAGCAGGCGGCUCGUACAGAGAACACCGAGCUCGGUUCAAAGUGCAAACAGCUGGCCGCGGAGAAGGCUAGCCUUGUGGACGAUGUAAAUCAUCUACAAGGCUCUGAAAUGGCGAACCGAGCUGCGGCUGCAGAGAGCCGGGCGGACGAGCUUGCCAAUAGGAUCAAUGAGCUCAAGGAGGAGCUAGAACGAGCCCGUGCCGAGAGAGAAAGCGGGAUUCAAGCGGCAAAGGAUGAGGCCGCUCGGGUUGAAGAGCGGGCUAAGAGGGCUGAGGACGAGAGGGACCGUGCUCAGACCGAGCUGAGUUCCCUGCGGUUCCAGGUCGCUGAGGCUGACAAGAACCUCAACGCUACCGAAGAGGCGCUGAACGCAUUGAAGGCAUCUCAUGCGUGCUUCGUCGGUAUUGCCCGAGCUCAAGGGGCAGAAUGGCUGGUCGGCUCGUCAACAUUCCAAGACGCAGUGGCGGUGGCGUCUGCCAACAUGACCACAGAGAUCUACAAUGAGAUUCGUGGGAAGGUGCUGCACCACCGCCCAGAUUUUCCAAUCCGUGAGCUGGUCUUCUUUGACGAGGAGGAGCUUGACGAGCAGGGUAAGAGCCUUGCUCCCCUCGCUGAUACAACUGUGAGGCUGAGAUGGGAUGGUGCUCCUGUAGCUGAGCAGGAGCCCUCAAGCACCCCGCCCAACUCUCAGCCCGCUGUGGUGCCAGCCAGCUCACCCGUCAGCGCGCCAGCCCUUGAGCCCGCAGCCCGGUCUCCUCCAGCUCACUCUUUCGCAGCUGCUGCUGACACAUCCAUGCCCGUCGAUCUGACGGAUGACUAGAUUUAUGGUUUUUUCUUUCAAUUUUUUUGUACUUCGCUUUUGCAUUUUUGUAUUUGAUCAAUGAAUUCAUAUCAUGUGUACCUUCAAUGUAAAUAUCUUUGAUGAAAUACAAAAAUGAGUUUUCGUUUGAAUUUUGUUGUAUUUUUGGUGUAUCAUUGUUUACAACUGUCGAAUAACAAUUGGAAUAAAAGAAUAGUAUACAG